CGGGCACUGGACACUGGACACCGGGCACUGGACAGCGGACCCACGCCACAACUGCACGCGUGAUGCGAGGAGCAGACGGCCGGACAUGAGCGCGCUUCUGAUCGCCCUCUCGCUACUGGGGCACCUGGUGCUGGGGGCAGCGGGACAGGUGUUCGCAGGCAGUUGCUCAUUUGAUGACCAUUACAGCAACUGUGGAUACAUCCUGGCCCUUGGGACCAAUGGAUUCAACUGGGAGCAGAUCAACACCUGGGAAAGGCCGUCCCCGGACCCAUCGGUGCCAACGGGGACGUUCAUGAUGGUGAACAGCUCUGGGCGUCUGUCGGGACAGAAGGCCCACCUGAUGCUGCCCAUACUAAAGGAGAACGACACACACUGUGUUGACUUCCACUACUUUCUGUCGAGCAAGGAUCGAUCCAGUCCAGGGACUCUGAAUGUCUUUGUCAAAGUUAACGGUGGACCUCCGGGAAACCCGGUGUGGAAUGUGUCCGGGCUCGUUACUGAAGGUUGGAUUAAAACGGAGCUGGCCAUCAGCACCUUCUGGCCCAACUUCUAUCAGGUCAUCUUUGAGUCAGUUGCUUCAAAGGACCAUCCUGGAUACAUUGCCAUCGAUGAGGUUCGAGUACUCGCUCACCCCUGCCGGAAGGCUCCUCACUUUCUCCGUCUCCAGAACGUGGAAGUGAAUGCGGGUCAGAACGCCACAUUCCAGUGCAUCGCUGGUGGGAAGUGGUCCCAGCACGACAAGCUAUGGCUGCAGCAAUGGAAGGGCAAGGAUACGGCCCUGAUGGUGACCAGGGUGGUGAAUCACAGGCGGUUCUCGGCCACCAUCAGCGUGGCAGAUACAUCCCAGAAGACCACCAGCAAAUACCGAUGUGUGAUCCGAUCGGAAGGAGGCUCCGGAGUGUCCAAUUAUGCAGAACUAAUUGUGAAAGAGCCGCCCACGCCCAUCGCGCCCCCCGAGCUGCUGGCAGUGGGAGCAACGUACCUGUGGAUCAAACCCAACGCCAACUCCAUCAUCGGCGAUGGCCCCAUCAUCCUCAAGGAGGUGGAGUACCGCACCACGUCCGGCAACUGGGCCGAGACCCACAUCGUGGACUCGCAGACCUACAAACUCUGGCACCUCGACCCCGACGUGGAAUACGAGAUCAGGGUGCUCCUCACCAGACCCGGAGAUGGGGGGACGGGACCACCAGGACCUCCGCUGACCACCCGCACCAAGUGCGCAGAUCCCGUCCAUGGACCUCAGACGGUGGAGGUUGUCGACGUGCGUUCUCGCCAGCUGACCAUUCACUGGGAGCCCUUUGGUUACGUGGUCACCCGUUGCCACAGCUACAAUCUGACGGUGCUGUACCAGUACGUGCUGGGACUGCGCGAGUACACGGCGGAGGAGCUGAUGCAGACGUCAUCUCACUACACGCUGCGCGGGCUGCACCCCUACACCACCGUCAAGCUACGACUCGCCCUCACCAACCCGGAGGGAAGGAAAGUCAGCGAUGAGAUUGUGAUACAGACAGAGGAGGAUGUCCCAGGUCUGGUGCCCAUGGAAUCGAUUCAAGGAGGUCCAUUUGAAGAGAAGAUCUAUCUCCAAUGGAAGCCACCAAACGAGACCAAUGGGAUCAUCACUCUCUAUGAGAUAACCUACAAGGCUGCUGGAUCCUUUGACCCAAAUGUGGAACUCUCGAGCCAGAGAGGACGAGUGUUCAAGCAGCGGAACGAGACGCACCACUUGUUUGUUGGGCUUUACCCAGGCACAACGUACUCAUUCACCAUCAGAGCCAGCACCGUGAAAGGCUUCGGGCUCCCCAUCACCAACCACAUCACCACAAAAAUCUCAGCCCCAUCGAUGCCUCUGUACGACACAGACGCCCCUCUGAAUGAGACGGACACCACAAUCACGGUCCUGCUGAAACCGGCGCAGUCUCGAGGAGCUCCUGUCAGUGCCUAUCAACUGGUUGUUAAAGAGGAGCGUUUGCAAAAGGCCAGGAGAGCUGCGGAUAUCGCCGAGUGUUUCCCUGCGCCGAUCAGCUACAAGAACGCCUCGCUUCUUGAUGCGCUGCAUUACACGGCUGCUGAGCUGAAGCCCGGGAACCUUCCCGUGUCUCAGCCCUUCACCAUCGGUGACAACAAGACCUACAACGGCUACUGGAACCCACCCCUCUCCUCCGUGAAAAGCUACAACAUUUACUUCCAGGCUGUCAGCAAAGCAAACGGGGAGACCAAAGUCAGCUGCUUAAGACUGGCGACAAAAGGUAGGAUACAGAUAACGACACCAUACAUUCUUGUCAUCCCAAGCGCAGGUGCGUCCACGCAGAACUCCAACACAGUGGAGCCGGAAAAGCAGGUGGACAACACGGUGAAGAUGGCGGGCGUCAUCGCGGGCAUCCUGAUGUUUAUUAUCAUCAUGCUCGGCGUCACGCUGAUCGUUAAAAAACGGAGGAGUGCUUAUUCCUACUCAUAUUACCUGAAACUUGCCAAGAAACAGAAGGAGACGCAGAGCGGCACACAGCGUGAAAUGGAGCCGGUGGUAACGGCCACAGACAAAAGCUGCAGCAAGCAGAGAGACGAGACACUGGCAGCAGAACAGCUGACUCCCAGUGCCGUAUUGGGCAGCAACCGUGAAGAGAUUCAGCCGACACGAGUUGUGCAAACACACUCGUACAGGAACUGCGAGCCCGUGGAGAUGUCCUAUCAGGCUGGACAGCUCCAACCGGCCAUCCGGGUGGCCGACCUGCUGCAGCACAUCACGCAGAUGAAGUGUGGCAAAGGUUACGGCUUUAAAGAAGAAUAUGAGAGUUUACCGGAAGGGCAGUCAGCAGCCUGGGACACUGCCAAGAAAGAGGAGAACCGCUCGAAGAACAGAUAUGGCAAUAUCAUUGCAUAUGAUCAUUCUCGAGUACGGCUUCAGCUGCUGGAAGGCGACCCUCAUUCAGAUUAUAUCAAUGCCAACUACAUUGACGGAUACCAUCGGCCUCGUCACUACAUAGCAACACAAGGUCCAAUGCAGGAAACAGUUAAAGAUUUUUGGAGAAUGAUAUGGCAGGAGAAUUCGCCCAGUAUCGUCAUGGUAACUAACCUGGUGGAAGUGGGAAGGGUGAAAUGUUGCAGGUAUUGGCCGGACGACACGGAGCUGUACGGUGAUAUCAAGGUGACGCUGGUGGAGUCUGAGCCCUUGGCUGAGUACGUCAUCCGAACAUUCACUGUCCAGAAGAAAGGUAACCACGACAUUCGGGAGAUUCGACAGUUCCACUUCACCAGCUGGCCUGACCACGGAGUGCCCUGCUUUGCCACCGGCUUAUUGGGCUUUGUGCGACAAGUCAAGUUCCUGAAUCCAAACGAGGUUGGCCCCAUUAUUGUGCACUGCAGUGCGGGUGCAGGACGGACGGGCUGCUUCAUAGCCAUCGACAUCAUGCUGGACAUGGCGGAGAGUGAAGGAGUCGUGGAUGUGUAUAACUGCAUCCGGGAGCUGCGAUCACAGCGGGUCAACAUGGUGCAGACCGAGGAGCAAUAUGUCUUUGUACAUGAUGCCAUUCUCGAGGCGUGUCUGUGUGGGAACACGGCCAUACCUGUCUGUGAGUUCCGAGCUAACUUCUACAACAUCACGAAGGUGGACCCACAGACCAACUCCAGUCAGAUCAAAGAUGAGUUUCAGACGCUGAAUAUCGUCACCCCUCGUGUCCGAGCCGAAGAUUGCAGUGUGGGGCUGUUGCCGCGCAACCACAACAAGAACCGCAACAUGGAUGUACUCCCCCCGGACCGCUGCCUGCCCUUCCUCAUUUCUGUUGAUGGAGAAACCAGUAACUAUAUCAAUGCAGCACUCAUGGACAGCCACAAGCAGCCCGCUGCCUUUAUCGUCACCCAGCACCCGUUGCCAAACACCGUCACUGACUUCUGGAGAUUAGUGUUUGAUUAUCACUGCUCCGCCAUCGUCAUGUUGAAUGAACUCGACGCCGCACAGCUCUGCAUUCAAUACUGGCCAGAGAAGAGCUUGUGUUGUUAUGGCCCCAUUCAAGUGGAAUUCAUCUCCGCAGACUUUGAAGAGGAUAUAAUUGUUCGUGUCUUUCGGAUCUACAACAUGGCACGGCCUGAGGAUGGCUAUCGCAUCGUGCAGCAGUUCCAGUUCAUUGGCUGGCCUUCCUACAGGGACAUCCCCAUGUCCAAGCGGUCUUUCCUGAAGCUGAUCAAACGUUUGGAGAAGUGGCAGGAAGAGUACAGCGGUGGUGACGGGCGCACGGUGGUGCACUGUUUUAACGGUGGUGGGCGCAGUGGAACACUCUGUGUUGUCCGCAGUAUCUGUGAGAUGAUUCAUCAACAGAAUAUAAUAGAUGUUUUUCACACCGUUAAAACAUUACGGAACAACAAAUCCAACAUGGUGGACACGCUGGAGCAAUACAAAUUCUGCUACGAUGUGGCCUUGGAUUACUUGUGUUCAUUUUGACGAUGAGAAGAGUUGCCAGGGUAACGCAGUGACAUUUUGGGCAAAGAAGCCUUCUCUGACUUGUGGAAAAGUGCUCGUCCAGAAGACCUUUGUAUAACUCUGUGCAUUCAAACCCUUGGGGAAGCAGGAACGAGGGUGAACACGGCAUUCCUGCCCACAGGACUACCCACAAUGGCCAAGGAUCACUCCAGACUUUAUGGGAGUUCCACAUUUGCCAGAGGUUCUGACGUAUUCAGUUUGAAUUUUGAUUUUUGCCAGCUGUACAUUUUGUUGGUUGUCCUUGUGUUACAUCUGUUGAAACGACACUAUUAGCCAAGUAUCAUUUAGCAUUUCCUGGUCACCCGUAUCGGGAAUGCUAAAUAAAACUGGGCAAUGAUAUUCCUGUUAGACGUUUGUUGUGUUGAUGUUGAUGUUCCCAAAGGCAGCAGGUUGACAUUGGAGAGACACAGUUUGGAGGGAACCAAUUAUUUUGUGAGAACAAGCCUCUAAAAUGUCAUUCUAACUUUCAAACAACUUUCAACUGCUCUUCAGGCACCUGACCUAUAAACAGAGUAAGCCAUUGUUUGAUCACUUGUGACUGAGACAAUUGAAGGUUCAUCUUAAUAAUCUGUGAUGUGUCCAGUGCAGAACGUGUUCAUGAACUUGUGUGGUUGCAGCUUAGAAUACUUCUGGGAAAUAUAUGUAAAACACUUUGGCAUUUUUCUUUACAAUUUAUUUUAUACAGAAUGAGUUAUGGAUCAUUUGUACAAUUUUGUUCAGCAUUCUAUCUCCCUUUCUGUGACUUUACUGAAAGAGAUAUCACACAAAUACUCACCUGUCAGUCCCAGGUGUGUGAACUUGUUAUCAACCACUAAGGCACAAUGUUAAAAUGUUUGCUUUAAGCUCCAAAAUCAACUGGUUAUUUACUGCAAAAUGGGGGUGCAUUAGAGAGCAGUGAUUUAUAUAUGAGAUUAAAAGCUGAAUUGCAUAGAAACUGGAAAUCUGGAAUGAAAAACAGGAACUCUUAAAAAUGUACCAAACUAAAGCGGUUAAAAAAAAAAGUGAUACAAAGAACUGCAGAUGCUGGUUCACAAAAUAACACACAAAGUGCUGGAGUAACUCAGCGGGCCAGGCAGCAUUUCUCGAGAACAUGGAUAGAUGAUGUUUUGGGUCGGGGCCCUCUACAGAAGACAAGUCCCGAUCCAAAAUGUCACCUAUCCAUGUUCUCCAGAGAUGCUGCCUGACCUGCUGAGUUACUCCAGCACUCUGUGUCCAUUUUUGGGGGUAAAACAGGCUUGACUUUUCUGAUGUGAUCCCGAAUCAGGAUUUGGAAAUAAAUAAUUUGAUCAAAGGCGUUAAACAGUUAUUUGAACAUGUUGCUCAUUCAACUAAGUUCUAUGUUAAUUUCAAGUGACCUGUUUUCAUUUCUCUGGAGAAUGCCUCACCAUUCAUUCAUUUAUCCACUGUUCCAAUCUCGUUAACUUGCAAUGGAAAAAAAACAGGUUAAACCUCGAUGGAAAUUAACGUCAUUGGAUUAGUCAGAGCGUUAACCAUAAGGUUGAGGAGAUUCUGUUUCUGGCCAUUACAUACCUGUUCCCACUGAUUAAUGCAGACAUGGGUAAGGUGCUCUGUGUCAGAAGGUUGCAGUUAUCCAAGAGCCUUGUAAAGGUGACUGGCUGUACUUUGGGUGUGAUUUAGCCAAAUUCAUCCCUCUCUUUGUUACUGGCUGAAAACAAAAGUGUAGUAUCAACUGUGUACAGUAUGUCUCUUGUCAGUUCCACUGAAGUCCUGUCAAAACAUCAUUCUUAUACUUUUACUAAACUUUAAUCAACUUAUCAUCCUUGUAGAUAAUAUGAAUGCCAUGAAGACAUAUUUAUAAGAGAAGAGUGAAAUUUGAGUUAUACAAAGUCCUGAAACUUUACAAGGGACCUUAAAAUUCUACCUCUAUCAGGUUGUUUGGUUGUGGCUCAGAAUACCGCUGGGAAAUAUAUGUAAAACACUUUGCUUUGUCUGGCAUUUUUCUUUACAAUUUAUUUUAUACAGAAUGAGUUAUGGAUCAUUUGUGCAACUUUGUUCGGCAUAAGAAUAUUUUAUCUCCCAUUCUGUGACAUUACUGAAAGAGAUAUCACACCAAUACUCACCUGUCAGUCCCAGCUGUGUGAAGUUAUGGUCAACCAGUAAACUCCAAGAUCAAACAUGUGCUGCAACGUUAGGCCUUUGCCGAGUUUGUGGCAUUGUUAGUGCAUGGUUGCGGCAACUUUUAGCACCCAUGUGGCCGGUUGAGGCAAUUGAUUCUUUCUUUAUUCCUUGACAUUCAGUUAUAAAAAUCAUGUAAUUUGAUUGUGAAAGAUCAAAGCAAUAUUCUUGGAUCUAAUUCGUGCCAAAACAAAAAAAUGGGGCUUGACUGUAAUAACCUGCAACACCCUGAACAGCCAACGAUGAGACACAAUUGACUCCAUACUGACCCAUAAAUCAAUGGCUGGUAUAAAUAAUCUUGCAAGCUUCAUGCUGUGUCGGUGAGAUGCAAUCCAACACGCAGUGUACUUUCACUCUGAAUUUUUUCUGCGGCUUUCUGUCCACUCAUUUCAGCAGAAAAGCAAGCUAGGCUAUUCAGUGUGCUCUCCCCAGUUUAAAUACUAACUCUGUGUAAGCAGAAUAUUACAACAAUGUACAGCAAGAAAAUAUUCACCUCAGUAUGUCCCCCCCCAUCCUGCUCAUCAGUGAGUGUUGUCCCCUUUUACAAUCAGUUUCUGUGUUUCGUAGGUGAUGCAUGUUGCAACAUUCAGUGUAUGAUAUUCUGUAGUAGGUUCCUUUUCCAGCUUCAUAAAUUGUGCUCAGUUACGUUAAGUCAAAUAAUAUAUGAAAUAUAUUUUUGACGGUACAUAAAAAGUAAUGUGACCUUUUUACAACUACUACACCAUUUGAUUAAUUUAUUCUUGUAUGUUGUAAGGAAAUGUUUGUAACAUGGGCUGUGAGCCGCUUGUAUUAUAAAAUAAAUGGAAUAUGUGAUGCAUGUGUGAUUCCCUCUGCUGCCAGUAUGAUUAUCGUGUAAAAUAUGGGGGAGUCCAAAACUAGAGCUACUUCCCCAGUUAUCUCAGGAUCAGCUUCUUCCCCUCUGUUAUCAGGCUUCUGAACCAACCUUCCAUAGGCUGGGGUACUCUCCCAUUCACCUCUACCCCAUUGCGGACAUUGGACUUUGUAGGUAUGUUACAAAACUUACCUUCAGCGGCGCUGCAGUUCUGUCACUGGCCAUGUGCUCGACUUUGGCGCCUUUGAGAGGGGGGCGGGUUUAAAAUGCCGUUUUUCUCCAGCCUGUUCAAAUCGAUCUUUGUCAGGCUGUUUAGUUGCUGAAGAAAAAUCGCUCCAAUUUUAUUAAAAUUAGCGCUGGAUAAUUUAAUAGCAGGAGUAAAAUUAAAAUCGUCUUCUAAAGCCGUCAACGCCGACAACGGGACGGAUCUCACGUAGGGGACAAAGCAAGGUACACCGUUUAUUUUUACAUAUAAACGUGCUUCUUAGGAUGCCUUUAAUCAAAAUUUCAUGUUAUGAAAAUGUGAUUAUGUAAAUAUACGAACCGGCAGUAUUUUUCUUGCCGAUAUGGGGUUCAAAUUCACUGUAAUCGCAACGUUCCAAACGAUCUCGUUCCACAAAUUCUCACUCGCAAGAUGAUUUGAAUGGCCAUUAAUUUACGGGAAUUAAAACUAAAUUCCUUCCAUUUGGCCUAUAAAUUAAUGACAAUGAGAUUUAAUAAUCAUAUUAUAUUGUGAAUUCUUGUGUGAAUGUUAUUUGGACA